AUGUCGCUCCCGCAGCAUUGGUCGGACAUUCAAAGGCAUGUCCUGGAUCGCGGUGUAUGGACACGAAUGCACGCACGGAUGUCUGCCCGCUCUAGAGUCACGAACCUGGGUGUCGCAUUACUAACUUGUGCCCUUAUAAUUUCAUUGCUUUUCAACACCAGAAGCCGUAAGGUAUAUGUUCCUGUCGUAUCAAAUGUUCAAUCUGCUGACGAACACCCGGCCUUCAACAUACACCUGCGCGAUUCUGUGCCUGCAUACCCUGGUGCUCAGGAGUCUCCACUGACACAUUUGGUUAUAGUGGCAGGUCAUGCCAUAUGGAAAGGAGAUGACCCAGCACUUAUUAUGAAUGACACAAGCUGGCUACUUGAAGACUAUCAGCGAGGAGGAAGCGUGAAAACCUUCGUCAAGCAUAUUGAAGAGGGAUUAAAAAUCGCUGUUGAAGACAAGUCUAGUUUGCUCGUGUUUAGUGGUGGUCAGACUCGUCGACAGUCGUGGAAAACAGAGGCCGAAUCUUACUAUCAUUUAGCCCUGACAAUGUCUAAAGGAUUGCCAUUUUUUAGCGAUUCACAAGAAGACCCAUCUCAGUCUCGUCUGCCAUUUGAGCCACUCGACAAAUCCGAGACAGCGCGUGCCUCACGCUACAUGAGUACUAAUGAGCAUUUCGACCUUGGCCGCUUGCGAAUGACAACGGAAGAUUACGCUUUGGACAGCUUCCAGAAUUUUCUGUUCAGUAUUGCUCGGUUUUAUGAGUUCACCGGCACAUAUCCCCAAAAGAUUACAGUGGUGAGUUAUGAGUUCAAGAAGCGUCGCUUUGUCGAUUUGCAUGCACAUGCUCUUCGUUGGCCCUCGAACAAGCUGAUUCCUGGCGGUACACAACGCCUAAAUUACGUGGGCAUCGAUGAUGAGCCGAACAGUCCUUCCAUACCCAAAUUGCAUGAUUCUGCAUAUGAUCUUUUCGAGGUCGAUAUGUAUGGUUGCUAUGGACGACUGUUGGAAAAACGCAGGAAGCGAAAUAGUGGCCGUCGCCUCCCUCCCUACUCAAGCACGGCACCUGAGCUUGCGGGCCUUGUGGAUUGGUGUCCUGCCAUUAAUUCUCGCUUGAGAGGCUUGUACCCAGGCUGGCUUCCCUGGGACCCACGUGCCUCCACUGGCCUGGGGCGUGGUGCACAAGUGAUACUUGAGCAAAAUGGUGGCAAGUUCGUGAAAGCAGAAUAUUUGCCGGACGGCAAGAAGAUUGUCUAG